AGCAUCUAAAGCACCCUGAGAUUGGUCUAGCCGUUGCAGCCUUUUGUUGAAAAUAGCUCACCGGCGUUGGAAUGUUUGACAGGUUACACACAAUAUGCGGUUGUGUUCGUAUGCGGCGUUGUGCGCCCUUUGCCCGCGAGCCUCAUCGCCGCCCGUCGGUUGCCUUGUCCUCAGCCUGCGAAGACAUGACUACAACGCCUCAAGCGGCUACCAUUCCUCCUAUCCGUCACAAUGCUUACUAUUAGAGAUGAGUUCAAUCUACCUUGGUCAUAGCGUUCAUAUCAUUCUCCCACAAGAGAGGACACAAAGGGUAGGAUCAAACUCGCAGCUGAACAACACCGUGACACAGCAUGAGACUCACAGAACGAUCUCGUAGCACAUGAAACAGAUCAGCGUGGAGGAGAACUAGAACAGUUUGUACAUUCUUGCAAAUAUGACCUUCUAGUCGGGAGAAUCAAACUACGAAUUCGACCACCUCAUUAGUUAAGCAUGUUUAUCAUUCUCCUACAUUACACUUCCAACUCAUCUCGUAUAUGCCGACAUCCUUCCUACGAGGUCCAUCA